AUGUCGUACUCCUCGCCCUCCUCUUCCGUCGCUCCGCUCUCCCAAGCCACGCACGACGCGCUCUUCCCGGCGUGCUCCGACGACGCCUCCGCUGGCGGCUUCUCGGCCGACGCACUUCUUGAGGCGCUUCGGCCCUGCACUGAAGCCGACGACGCGGCUCCGCUCGCUGAGCAGCCCGCUGGCCUGACGACAAAGCUGCACGAGUACCAGCGACAAGCGCUGCAUUGGCUGAAGUCGCGAGAGAUCGCCGCCAACGACCAGCUCCUUUGCGAGGCCGGCACCGGCGGCGGUCUCCUCUGCGACGAGAUGGGUCUCGGCAAGACGCUGGAGGUCAUUGCCCUCGUGUAUGAUCACCGCCUUGUUGCUGCCUCGAAGUCAGCUCCCAGAUCGGCUCCCAAGAGGGUGGCCAGAGCGGCGGCUUCCGCACCAGCCAAGAGACUGGCUGUCGCUCCCUCACCAGAGUCAACCGCCAAUCCGAAGUCCUGCGGAGCUACCCUCAUCGUGACACCGGCGGCGAUCGCUUCUCAGUGGGAGAGCGAGCUGGCAAAGCACGCCGCCGGGCUGCGCUGGAUGCGAUACACGGGCAUGGACCGUCAGAAUCCGAUGGGCGUCGACGCGUUCCUCGAUGCCGACGUCGUCCUCUGCACGUACGAUGUGCUCGGGCGCGAGGUUCACUAUUUGGAGGAUACAAACGGCACCACCACGAGCCUGCGGCACGUGAAGCGGUUCAAGGUGGAGCAGUCGCCGCUCACGAAGCUCCUCUUCUGGCGCGUCGUUCUCGAUGAGGUCCAGAUGAUUGGCGGCUCGGGCACUCGGCAGUGCAGCAAGACAGCGCGCGCGAUCGCGGCCGUCAAUCGGUGGGCGGUCACCGGAACCCCCGUCAGCAGCGGCGUCUCUGACCUCGAGCCGCUGGUCGAGUUCGUGCUCGGCGCGGGCGGUCUCGCCGAGGCGGGAUGGCGCUCACUCGUCAUUGCGUUCCAGAGCAAGAGGCGGGGGGCGGCGGCGGCGAUGCACCACUUCUUGCGCGGCAAACUGUGGCGGCAGACAAAGGCGCGCGUGCUCGGCGAGGUGUCGCUGCCGCCGCAGCGCGUGCACACGCUGACCCUCGAGCUCUCGCCGGUCGAGCGGUGGUAUUAUGAGAAUUUGGUGCUGCCUGCCGCGAAGAGCCGGGCAGACACGCACGCCAUCAGCACGGUGAUGCCACAGCUGAAGUACGCUUGCCUCGCCCCGCCCACGUGCGGGGAUCCCGUCAUGCGCCACGCGGUGCGCUACAGCUGGAACAGCUACCGCAUUGAGGAGCUCGAUGAGGAUGGCGACGCGCCUCUCCUCACCUGCAUGCGGUACGAGGCGCAGCGGCUCCUGUCCAACGUGGACAGCGUCGAGCGGCAUCGCGUUUUCGGCUCGUGCCGGACGAUGCACGAUUGCGACUUCCGCGUGCUCUUCGAGCUCGCCGGACUCUCUUACGUCGCGCGCGGGGCACCGACCGAGGUGGCCCAGGCCGCCUGCGGCGUGGCCUUCGUCUUCCGUGCAGCCGAGUACAAGGCUCGCGAGUGGCUGCCUUCCCCAGCCGAGUGCAAGGUCUUGAACUGGCCCACGAAGCGAUCGCAGCUGCCCUCCUACCUCCGACCCGCGCACCCAUCCCGCCUCGCCGCCAUCGUCUCGGAGCUUUCCCCGGAGGAGAGCCCGACCACGACGAAGCGCACGUGCUACCAGCUCUUGCAGUGGGGCGUCUGGGGGCCGCACACGACUCAGAUCGGACACAACUACCACGGUGUGGUCUACCUCGACGAGGCGUCGGGCAUCUGGACGACGAAGCGCCCGGCGCCGGUCUAUGGUCGGAACGCUUUCUCGGCGUCGGGGGUCCAGACCACCUUCGAGGGCAAAUUCCUCGCCCCGUCUUACCUGCAGCCGCCCCCAGUCCGCAGUCACGUGAUCCGGAUCAGCGUGGCGGAGCAGUUCGAGCGCCUGGACCCGCGAAAGCGAGGCAACGAGCUCAUCUUCAGCAUGCUCCCGGACGAGCACUCGCGCAUGCGGUCCGCCCGGCUGGCGAUGUGCAAGCGGCGUGACGCGCUGCUGCGGGUCUGCUUGCCGGCCACGACCCUCUUCGGCCCCUCGCCCUUCCCGUCGCCCGAGAGGCCGCGGCAGCUGGUCAUGUGCUCGCCGCCGCACCCGCUCGCGUCGUCACUCGCGGGCGUCGAGGUGCGUGAGGACGUCCACCUCUCGACCAAGCUCACUCGCCUGGUGCAGCUCCUCUCCUCGGUGCGGCCCGAGAAGGCGGUGAUCUUUGCCUCGUACAACGAGGGGCUCGAGCAUGCCAAGAAGGUGCUCAAGCGGGUCGAGAUCGGCGCCGUCCGCGUCAGCAAGACGGGCAAGACUGCGGCCAAGUCGAUCGCCGCCUUCAUGAACGACCCCUCCAUCCAGGUCUGCCUCCUGCAUUUGGGCCAGGACGCGGCGGGGCUCACGCUGACCGUGGCGCAGCACGUCGUCUUCCUCGACCCCGUGGAGGAUGUCGGCACGAUGCGCCAGGCGGGGGCUGUCGGGCGGGUGCACCGCAUCGGCCAGACCAAGGAGACGAACGUGUGGCACCUCGUCGCCGCUGACACCGCCGAGGAAGGGCUUCACGCUCGCCUCCGCGCCCGCACGGCCCAGCACGCCGCCGCUGCAGCCGAUGGCCCCGUCCUGAUCGACGACGGGCCGGGGCUGGCCGUUCGCUCGCUGCUCGCGCGGCCCCUCGACUUUUACUCCGCGAGGCGACUCCGCGCGUGGCACUUCUGGCUCAACGCGGCCGUCCGGCGGCUCACGGGCAGCGAGCUGCCGCGCGACGUGAGCGACGACCUGUGGCAGCUCGCGUCUCGCCGCAACGAGGAGUGAGAGGCGAGAGACGCGCGCUCCGCCAGAAGACUGGCGCGAACAGGACGGCCGGAGAACACGCGGUGAGACGACGCGAGCUCGUUUCCCAGCGCACCCCGCACCAAUUCGUCACCAACAGAGCAGGAAGAGAAGACCCGCGUGUGCCGUGUGCAGUGUGUGUGUGCGUGCCCUGUGCCGUUGCGCGCGUUGUGCGGCCGCUGUCAACUGCACACGGUCCCCGGCGCGCGAGAACGCGCACGCACCCCAGCGACCACAAAGCGAGCGCGCCGCCGGCCCCGUGGCGCGUGGGCCGUGGCCGCGUGUGGGCCCCGUGCCCGUGCCCCCCCUCUCGUGUGACGAGCGCUCCUCAUUGACGAUUGAGCUCCGACUCCUGUUGUGGGCGGGGUUCGGCAAAACAAUACGACGACUGAA